ACGCUUAGACCCGGGCCUGGAAGACACCUCAGCAGAGGACCGGGAGCGGGGGAGGCGGGCGGGGGGUUGGGCAAGCAUGAGGCGGUGCUAGGGGAUGGAGCGGGUGAAGCUAGACUGGAGCUUACCGCGAGGGCUCCACCAAGCUGAGGUUCCAAGUUGAACUCUGCGAGGUAGAGUUCUGUAGAAGAACGGGGCUGCCAGCGAUGUGGGUCAGGACGACACUAACGAUUAAAAGAUGGACUGAGGAAAAGACUGGCUACAAAGCUGAACUUUGGGAUGAGAGCGAGAACACCGGUGAAUGCAAGGAGACUGACAGGUGCUGCUGGAAACACAAGCAGUGUGCUGGGCACAUCAUUCAUCCCUUCUUGGACUAUGGCCAUGGCCACCACAACCUGCACCUACAUGCUGUCUGCCACUGCAACUGUGAAUCUAGGCUGAAGGACUUCUCAGAGAGGAUAAAUAGUAGCAGCUCUGGAGAUCUAGGCUCGACCUGCUCCACAGAUGGGAGCUCAACUUGCUUCAACAUCGUCCAUAUCCCUUGCUUUGAACUCAUCCCAGAAGAACAGUGUGUGGAGCAAUUUUGGUAUAGCUGGUGCAAAAGCUAUAGGCCUGACUCUGUGGCAAUGAUCCACCAUCCUAUCCACCAUGAGUGUGGGUCAGACCACCUAAAUGAGGAGGAAGAGACCCAGUCUCCCACCCUGACUCAGGUGUGUCCCACUGCCAUGCCUACCAGCCUGGACACCGGGUCAGGCACUGGGGCCCCUGACUCAGCAGCACCCAUCACCAUCUGGUUCUCUGAGAGCCCCACAGAUAAAAGCCAGGGCAGCAAGUUGGCAAGAAAGCAAAAAAAAAAAAAAAAAGAGAAAGAGAAAGACGAGGAUGAGAUGACAGAUGAGAAAGCAAAUUUAAAGACAAAACCCAAGAGCAAGUUACCUAAGAAGAAAAGCCCAGGGAAAUCAGAGUCUUCGCCUCCAGAUUUGAGCCAAUCACUAAGCCCAAGAGAACCAGUCAGGACAUCAGAGUCCAGCCCAGAAAGCCGGGAAGAGCUGGAGAGUGAGAACAGUUACAGUGCAAAGGGCCAAGAGAGGCCCUCUAGUGAGGAUGCUGUGGAGUCAUCAUUGCCCAGGAAGAGACAGAACACCGCCCAGGCCAAGAAGAAUGGGACAAAGACCUUACAAACUAGGAAAACGACCAAGAGAAAAUCUCCCCCAGUAUCUAACCCCAACCUCAGUUGAGGCCAGGGCAACCAGAGUGAAUAAAUCAAGCCUGUAACUGACCCCUGCUGCUAUUCUCUUUCCCUCCAACAGGGCCUCCUUGGGGGAGGUAGCUGAUUCUGGGCCAGGGCUUCAUGGGUUCUCAAAGGGCAAUCAUGCCUUCAAGGAGGAAUCUAUGGGAAAGUAGGCAGGAGAGGGCAUAGUGCUGUUUCUUUGUAACCUCCUAGGACCAGAGUGGAAGACUGUAUCUGGAGAGGGUGUGGAAGAGUGCGCUUCUUGCUUCUCAGAGACCAGUGUGUGUGUGACACCUGUUCUGUGACAGGCAGCACUCACCCUCAAUAAACUGCCUUUCCACCUACUCUGCCUGCCUUUCCUACCUCAAGUGGCCCUGAGGGAAGGGCUUGGGGCACCACAGAGGACAUGAUCUUCCCAGCUGGUAUGGUUCUGCUCUUGUGUGACCCUUGGGGCUGAUCUUUUGUGCUGAAGAGUAAAAAAAUGGAUUUCCAGCAGAAGGCCAACUUUUUCCCCUUCGCCCCAUUUCUGCAAACUCAACCAAGAAUGAAGAAAAGCAGAGUCAGAGCUUA